UCAAAGACAGUCAGCCAUUGACAGUUUCCUGCGCAGUGACUAAUUUCUUAAUGUCUUAUUGGAUAUUCCAGCACGUCGCGUCUGAUUUAUAAACAUAUGCUCAUUAGAGUGAUGCAAGUUCAAUCCCACCAACUGGUAGACAUAGAGCUGAAGAGUUUCUCCAUUUUUGGCUGUAAAUUGUGAUAAAAAAAAAAACAAACAAAACAGGAAUUUUAUUUUUGCUGCAAGAUAAUCACUAAAUUGCUUAUAUGGCAGAAUCAAAAUUUGAGUCCAAAAUGCUUGGAUUUCAGAUGAGAGAGAUGUCGGGUCAACGUUAUAAACGGACAAACUUUGAAGAUGAUGAUGUGUCCAAUGGUGGAACACCGACUAUAGAUUUCAACCCAAGUGUUGUCCUCUUCAAGGGAGGUCUCACCACAUGGCAACGUAAGACGGUGUUGGAGCGAGUUCUGAUCACCCUGUCCAUCAUACUCAGUGUUGUGGUCAUCAUAUUGGCCAUCAUGCUAACAGUGAAACAGUCCAAGAUUAACCAAAUCGAAGGAGAACAAAAGUACUGCCUGACACCAGCCUGUGUAACUGUAGCCAGCACUGUGUUAAACUCCAUGGAUAAAACUGUGGAUCCAUGUAAGGAUUUUUUCCAGUAUGCUUGUGGUGGAUGGAUUAAGAACCACCCAAUCCCAUCUGGUUACUCCACGUGGGGUACAUUUGGAGUGCUUCGUAAACAGAACCAAAUUAUUAUGAAACAUGUGAUAGAGGAAAAAUACAAGAACCUCAACAGCACUGCCAAAAUGAAAUCAUCUCAACAAUCAUUACCAUUACCACCAACCCUACAAUCAGCAUCAUCAUCACUACCACCACCAUUUGAUCUCAUGUAUAUUGAUGUAUUUCAGAUUGACCAAGGUGGACUUGACCUGUCCAGUCCCCAGUAUUACUUAAACAAAACAAUAACUGAAGACAAGAUAUUAUCUGCAGCGCUUGAAUACAUGACCACCAUUGGAGUAUUGCUUGGUGGAGAAAAGAAUGACACUUACAAUCAGAUGUAUGAGAUCCUGGAGUUUGAAACUGAAAUUGCUAAUAUAACGACACCUGCAGAAGAACGUCAAGAUGAGGAAAAACAGUACCACAAGAUGACAGUGAAGGAGCUUCAAACUUUGGCACCCUUUAUCAAUUGGCAGAGGUACCUAAAUGAGCGUUUCUCUGUGGUCAACAUCACCAUUGACAGUUCAGAAGAGGUGGUCGUCUUUGCUCCAGAGUUCCUCAGUAAGCUGCAUCAUCUGCUUGAAAACAUGCUAAAUGAUACCAACAGUAAAAGAAUCCUGAAUAAUUACUUAAUAUGGCGUGUUGUACGCACGUUAACAAAUUAUCUUUCUACACCAUUCCGUGAUGCCAGGGAUAUUCUCACUAAAAGUGUGUCAGGUACGAAAGGAAAUAUUGAUAUGUGGCAGUACUGUGUUAUGGAUACUGAUUCAGUACUAGGUUAUGCCUUAGGUGCAAUGUUUGUACAGGAGACUUUCAAAGGAGACAGUAAAGCAAAGGCUGAAUCAAUGGUGGAUGACAUUAAAAAAGCUUUUGAAAAGAAUCUUCCAUAUUUGUCAUGGAUGGAUGAAGAGACAAGGAAAGCAGCAAUUGAUAAGGCUAAUGCUAUCGUUGAUAAGAUUGGUUUUCCUCCAAACAUCUUAAAUGACACCAAACUGGACAAGAUUUACGAAAGGCUGGAAAUUAAUGCAUCAGAAUAUUUCUGGAACAAUGUACGAGACAACAAAUUUACCUUGAUAACUAUGAUGGAAAAGUUGAGGCAACCACCCAAGAAUACCUGGGCAAUGACACCACCAACUGUUAAUGCCUAUUACACUACAUCAAAGAAUGAAAUCUUCUUUCCUGCAGGAAUUCUACGUGCUCCAUUUUAUGAUAAAAACUUCCCCAAAUCUUUGAACUUUGGUGCCAUGGGUGUGGUGAUUGGACAUGAGCUGACUCAUGGCUUUGAUGACCAAGGUCGUGAGUACGAUAAAUAUGGUAACCUCCGUCCCUGGUGGAAUAAUGCUUCCAUUGCCAGGUUCCAGAAACAAACAGAAUGUAUGGUGAAACAAUAUAGUUCCUAUAAGAUUAAUGGAGAACCAAUCAAUGGUAAAACAACUUUAGGUGAAAAUAUCGCCGACAAUGGUGGAUUGAAAUCUGCAUAUCAUGCGUAUGAAGACUGGGUGAAGACACACAAGACUGAGUUACCUCUACCAGCACUUGGACUCACUCAUAAGCAGCUAUUUUUCUUGGGGUUUGCUCAGGUUUGGUGUUCCAGCACUACGAAGGAGACCUUACAUAUGCGUCUUCUGAAUGACCCCCAUAGUCCAGAUGAAUAUCGGGUGAUUGCUACUCUAUCUAACUCGAAGGAUUUUGCUGAACAAUACAAGUGUCCUCUUGGUAGUCGGAUGAAUCCAAAAGACAAAUGUGAAGUUUGGUGAGACAAAGAUAAAUCAAACCUGCAAGAAAAUCUGCUGCUGUAAUUGCUAGGAUAUAAUCCCCUCAUCUCUUGCAUCAUCAGAUCCCCAUUUUUUUUACUCCACUCAGUAAUGAAGACUUCACUCUAAGUACCUCCUGUUGCUACAGUAGAAUCCUGCUCUAACCACUCUACCUAAACAAAAGUCUAUGUCCAACUUAGACCAUACUUACAAUAUUUCUUCCUUAAGCAGCACAUAUUUUGUGACCCCUUUGGUUUAUUUUUGUUUGUUAACCGAUAUCAUUUUUACAACACAAAGUUAAACUAUUUGUUGUUAAAAAAAAACAAAAGAAUUUAAUACACCUCCAUCCCCACCUUCUCUGAAUCAUUGAUGCAGAUCCUUUCCUCAUCAUUUAGAUCCACUCCCUUGUUUGCUUCUGUCAUAUCAUUAAUCCAAACCCUGUCACCCAUCCACAUUCGGUUAUUCCCCUCGUAACAGAAAUCAUUGCUUCAAGAAUUAUAGCCAGACAAAUGUAGUCAACUUAUUACUUUUUACACAGUCGCCAACACGUCUGUGGUCACAUGCCUUCAAAGAAAUGGAAGUCUUGGAAUCUUUAUUUAUAAACAUUUCAUUGAUAUUCUCUUUAAAUUUUUAAUCACUGAUUUUCUUUAGAGAUUUUCUUUAUAAAAAUAGUUUUAUCGGUGUAAAACAGGAAAUUAUUAGCAAUUUGUUGCCAUAGUUACAUAUAUAUAUAUAUAUAUAUAUAUAUAUAUAUAUAUAUAUAUAUAUAUAUAUGUAUAGAGAGAGAGAGAGAGAGAGAGAAAUAUGAAAAAAAAAAACCCCCAACAAACUGCUUCAUUUUUUUGGUCAAGUUAUAGAAAUUUCUUAUUUAUCUGUUGAUUAACUACAUUUGCUGCUUUGAAAAAUAACUGUUUGGUAAACUGUCCCUAGAUGGAAGCUUUGGUAGUUCUUUCAAUCUCCAAUCUAGACCCCCACUUAUUCCCCCUCUAACUGCAUUAACUGACCAAAUGCUUGGUUGUUAGCAGUCAUAUCACAGUUCCAGUAACUAAAUUUUACAUUCAGCUACAUUGGUACUGGUAAACAUGGAAAUGGACAAGAAAAAGCAAAAUGAGAUGGUAAAAUUUGACUGGAUUUUAAUGUUUGGUAAGAUUCCCUGCCCAUAACUAACACCCACCUCUAGCCUAGAGGUAUGGUACACCAAUCUAAACUAGGAGAGUUACAGUAACCUGAGGUUACUCCCAAUGAAAUAUAUCUGUAUCUCAUCAAAUAUUUCUUAUUUUGUGUAUAUAUGUUGAUGUGUGUGUGUGUGUGUGAGAUAAACAGAGAUUACAUAUCUGAACUCUGGUUCCAUUUGAUCUACAACCCUUCAUUGACCAACUGUACAUGUUUAGCAGGUUGGAAAAGAAAAGCCAUAGUGAUGUAUGUGGCAUGGAUUAUCAACCAGUGUCUGUUAGGAGUUGGGAUAUGUAAUUCUUAUGAUCUUAAAUAAUUAACAUAUAUCCAACUCUAAUGACUCUCAACAUUGAGUUGAAGACUGUACCACAAAAUGUACAAAAAAUUAGUGUGUGAUAUAUGCAUAUUUGUUUGUUCAUUUUGCACCCAUUUUUCCAUGCUUGCAUGGGUUGGACAAAUAAGUUGUGAUAUUGUUUUACAGCUGGAUGUCCUUCUUGACACUGACUCUUACCUAUUUCUCAAGUAAGGGAUUACUUAUUCUACACAACUUCAAAAGCACAAAGUGCAUGAGUGAUUUGUUGACCACAGGCAACAACACUAUACCACACUUUAAUACAAGCAAUUGCAAGUAUAAACAAACACCAAGAGACAUAGAUAUAUACAUUUACAACAAUCUUUCACUUCCUAAAUACCAAACCCACUCACAAGUUUUUGGUUAGCUGGAGUUAUAAUAAAUGACACUUGCUGAAGGUGCCAUGUAGUGAGAUUGAACCCAAAAGCACACAGCCAGGCCUGCACCUAUAGCCAUAAUUAUAUAUAUAUAUAUAUAUAUACACAACUUCCAUAUACAUAACCAUGCUAUGUUAGUUAAUAUAGUUAUAUAUAUGUUCACAUUUACAUUGAUAUACAUAAACGUAUAUUGAUGUGUCAAAAUGUACAUAUGUACAUUUUGUCACAAUCAUUACCUUAGGCUUAUAGGCCUUGAUUUUCUUCUCUGAUCUGCAAGUUAACAAAGAAAACAUUGUUAGUUUAUCCACUUUUCCAUAAUUAGUGCCCUGGGUUGUGCCACACAGAACAGACACAGUCUCACUUAAUUGGUCCAAAUAUUUUAUGGCUCUCUUUCCAGCUGUCUGUUUAUUCUAUAGUUAAAAUGUUUUACAUAUAAAUUAUAUAGAAGACAUUUACUAGUAUGGCUUAAGAAAGAGAAUGAAUCCUAUAUCUCCUGGGAACCAUACAAAUAUCACUUACCAAGUGAUUAUGACUCCCAUAAUGAAAUCUUUCUCUUCAGUCACCCUUGUGAAUGUAUUACAAGUGUAUGUAUAUAUAUAUCACACACAUAUCUAUGUAAUAUGUAUGUGUGUAACUAAUAUAUAUAUU